AGCGGGCCGGGCCCAAAAAGCUCGGUUCCAUAUCCCCGGCCAUUGGUGGGCCGGCCAUGGAGAAGCUUACGAAGUUCGUCAAGGAGCAGUCGCUGCAGCGCUCGGAGCGGAGCUCCCAUGGGGAGGAGCUGGUGCAAUGGCUCGUGGAGCUGGGCGCGCGCGGCGAGAAGGCCGCCGCCGACAUGGGCUUUGCCUCCAGCGUCGCCAACAUGGCCACGGACCGCGACGACGCCGUGGCCGCCGCGGCCAUCACCACCCUCGGGGACCUCGGGGCGGAAGGUGCAAAGCACAUGGGCGCUGUGGCCAGCGGCCUGAACCGCAGCCCUGAGGUGGUGGUGGCAGCUGCCACGGCCUUGGCACGCUUUGGGACUGCAGCGGCGGCACAGGACGAGAACCUGGCCACGUGCCUGGAGCGGCUGAGCCACGACGGCGCCAAGGCGGCGGUGCUGGCGGCGCUGGGGGCGGUGAAGGCGGAGAGCCACGCCCACCUCGUGGUGAAGUACCUGGACGACCCCUCCAUGGCGGUGUCCUGCGCAGCUUGCCAGGCGCUGGGGAACUUGUCCUCCGGCGCACAGGAGGCGCCGCGCAUCGCCUUGAAGCUGAAGGACCCCGCGGGGCGCUUCGCGGCGGCCACGGCCUUGGGGAAGUUGGGCCCGCACGUCGUGCAGAAGAACCUGCCAGAGCUGGUGGCCUGCCUCAAGGACAAGGAUAGCCUCACAAGGCAAGCAGCUGGCGACACUUUGGCGGUGGCUGCCGACGUGGUGUCGCAGGACGGCCAGGGCAUCGCGUCGCUGCUGAAGGACCCGGCGCCGGGGAUCCGCUGCACCGCGGCGCUGGCGCUGGGGAAGCUGGGCCCCAAGGGAGCGGCUUACGCCGCAGAGGUCGCGGAGCUUUUGCGCGACACCGCUGAGGACGAGUCGGAGAGCUACUUGGCGGUGGGGGGCGGCAGCUUGCGCUCCGACGCCACCCUGCGGCGGCCCAAGUGCGCGGCGCUGGCCAGCCUCAGCCGCAUGCAGGCCGAAAGUCACCUGAACGCCAUCGCCGCAGCUCUGCGGGACACGUCCUACGAAGUGAGGCUGGCUGCCCUGGACGCGAUCAUGCAUAUGGGACCAAGCGCUAAGAAGUACUCCACCAGCGUCAUGAGCGUCAUGGAGGACGAUGUCUACUUGGUGCGCUUGAAGUCGUGUCAGUGCAUCGCUGCUAUUGGCGCUACCGAUGUCAUGGACAACUUGCCAGACCUCUUCCAGGACGAAGCGCCUUCGGUGAGGCAAGGGGCGCUGGAGGCGCUGGCGACCAACCCGGAGAUUGCCAAGAAGUACUCCUCCCAGGUCUUUAAGCUCAUGGCGGACGAAUACGGCUGCGUGCGCGGCGCGGCCAUGCGGUGCCUGGCGUCCAUGGACACGGUGGGCCAGUGCUACGCCAGCGCCAUCGCCGGGGAGCUGACCAGCCAGGACCCGGAGGCGCGGGCGGCGGCCUGUGAGACCUUGGGCCGCUUGGGGGACUACGGCGCGGCCUUCGCGGAGGAGGUGGAGGUGUGCCAGCAGGACGAGGUGCCAAUGGUGCGCGCCGCGGCAGCCACGGCCAUGGUCCGGCUGGGUGGAAUGAGAGGUCUCGAGAACGGCAGCUGAGAGUCGCCCUAAGGACCAGUGGCAGUCGCGCGACGCGAGAGGUAG